AUGGCACUCGUAAAUGACGAUGCGGGCCAGGCGCUUAAGACUAUGCAACUUGGCCUGCCACACUACUCGACGGCAACAAACAAAAUGUUGAUCCCGCUUAAUAAAUCAAACUAUCUGAGCACCUUCUUGACUAUAAUCUACUCUCCAACUAACAAGGAAAGUAUUGACAAACGUAGAAAUUCGGGUCGGUCUUUUCAAUGUAAAGUCCAUGUAAAAUAUGUACCAAAAGCCACCAGAGAUACCGUAGUUAAUGGUGUUGCAGUCUCUGCAACAGUUUCCACGGAAUGGACAACAUUCUCCAUGUUGAUACUUAUGGGCUUCCUUUGUAUCAUUCUUCAUUGCUACUUUCUACAGCCUGCCUACCCCAGUCAUAUGUCGCUUUAG